CUUCCUUCGUGUCGCGGUGGCUCAGCUGCGGCCGGGCGGCUGCGCUCCCGCCGUUUGGCCGUUCUUCUUCGCCCGCAAUAUGCCUCCGCUGCUCUCCGGCUGCCCGCCAUGCCUGGGAUUCGCGGGCGUCCGCCGACCUCCUCGCUGCUGGGAUUGGCCGCCGCGACGUUUUUCCUCCUCUUGCUGCUGAAGAGCCGCCCGGGCUCCGCGGCCGCCACCAGCGCCGUCGGCUUAACCAGGCGUCCUCAGCAGCGGGCCGGCUUAUCGACACCGCCUUCCUCCAUGGCUGCUCCAGGACCUAUGUUUACCCUAAAAGUGCAAGUUAAUGAUAUAAUCAGUCAUCAGUAUCUAUACCACGCUGUUGUAGACAUUUUUGUCAACUAUACUAAAACAAAUUCUACGCUAACUGGAAAGAAUGGAGCAGUACUGAUACAGGUUCCCUAUCAGCUAGGCCUGAGUUUAACCAUUGUUUCUUAUAAAGAUGGUUACAUGUUAACACCUUUACCUUGGAAAACUGGGAGAAUGCCAAUAUAUUCAUCUGUUACACUUUCAUUGUUCCCCCAAAGCCGAGCAAAUAUAUGGUUAUUUGAUGAUACAGUUUUAAUCACUGGGAAAUUAUCUGAGGCGAAAUCUCAGCCAAGUGUUCAGUUUCCAAAAUAUUUAAUUAAACUUCCUGUAAACCACCAUAUCACUAAUGUAACAGCGUAUCUUACAGUGCCACAACAGUUUUUAAAAGUGGAGCAUUUCUUCUAUACAACAGGAAUUCUUUUAAAUAAAUCAGGUUUCAAAAGUAUUGAACUGACUCCCCUUGCUGCAAUUUGCGUAAACAUAUUUUCGAGUGGGAAAGAACUGCAGGUAGAUGGCUCCAUUCAGAUCACCUUACCUCUUCUGCCUACAAGCGCGGUAAAAGCAGGAGAACCUAUCUCAGCCUGGACUUUUGAUAUGAAAACAGGUGCUUGGAUUAAUCGUGGCUUGGGAAUGGUAAAGAACAUGGACGAUCACUUAGUAUGGACAUAUACUGCUCCAAGUCUGGGAUAUUGGAUAGCAGCCCCAUUGUCUGGAGCUAGAGAUUCCAUUAUUACAACAGUUACUAAAGAUAUCACUGCCUACCACACAGUAUUCCUCACGGCGAUAUUAGGAGGCACCAUCACUAUCAUUGCUGGGUUCUUUGCACUUCUGCUUUGCUUUUGCAGGGAUAAAUGUGGUCGUCCAAAAAAGAGAAAGAAAAGUCCAACUAAACUAGACAUUUUAAGAAAAGACCAAACAACUUCAACAACUCACAUAAAUCAUAUUGGUGCAGCCAAAGAAUCUUUGAAGCCAGAGGACAAAUCUAGAUUGUAUUCACCCAGAGUGGCAUUUUAUAGCCCCCAGAGACGGGUUUCAGCUGAAGGUGAGGAGAGGCAAGUCCAAGACAAUUUUAAAGUUUACACAGAAGGUACUCCAUACCAAUUCUCUGGUAAAAAUCUCCAGUGUAGGAGCUCACCCCAGUCCUUGGAAGCCAAAACAGAAUUGAGACAUCUUCCACCAGUUAAACAUCUCAAUGGAAGUCUUCCUCCUUCCCAAAAUGUACAAGAACAGAAUCAAUAUCUCCCAACGACUGAGGAAAUCUAUGGACUCUCUUCCCUCCCAGAACAAUUAAUGCAUCUCUAUAGCCAGCCUGGUGCUAUGCUUCAAACACCUGAGCUAUUUCACUCCCAGGAGCAAUUGCAUGCUACAAAGUCAGCUACGUUACCAAGAAAAGGACAGUUAGUCUACACCCCUGUGAUGGAGAGUAUGAAUCACGAAAAUUAUACACAGACGUUGCCCAAAAUGCCAAUGUUCGCUCACUUGCAGGAACCAACAUCCAGAGAUGAAACAGUUGCUAUAGAUAGGCAACAAGGCUUGUCUCCUCAGACUGCCAACUGGAGCCGCUACACUAGUAGCUUGCUGGAGUCGGUUUCUGUCCCCGGAACGUUAAAUGAAGCAGUGGUGAUGACACCAUUUUCAUCAGAACUUCAGGGCAUUUCAGAGCAAACCUUACUGGAGCUUUCAAAAGGAAAACAGUGUCCAAAUCCAAGAGCAUGGUUUGUGUCACUGGAUGGCAAACCAAUAGCUCAAGUGAGGCAUUCAUUCAUUGAUCUCAAGAAGGGCAGGAAGACUGAGAGCAAUGAUACUAGCUUAGACUCAGGUGUGGAUAUGAAUGAGCAUAAUCCAAGUCGAAAAUUGGAGAGGGAGAAAACCUUUAUUAAAAGCACUCAGCAUUCUAAGACACUUUACCUAGAAGACUUGGAUCUGAAUACCAGUGAAUGUGGGACCAUGGUUUCAACCCCGGAGGAUCAAGCUGUGAAGCAUGUGCCAGAAGGAAGUAAUGACCCCAUCAUAGAGCAAGAGUCCCCGGAAGAGAUGCCUAGAAGAAAAAGCAUAGCAAAAAAACACGAGGCUAGUCCUCCCCCUGGGAAGAAACAGGGAAGACCACGUCUAACUAAGACAGAAGGAAAAACAAACAUCUGGAAAAAGAGAGAUGAGAGACCACUCAUUCCAAAAAAUUAACAUUACAGUAAUGUUUAUCUUCUCGUUGUUUCAUGUCCUGUAGACUUUACCUCUUCUCUAUCAUUUUAUUUGUAAAUUUGCACUGGUCAUUUUCAGUGGGGCAGUGAGAUGUAGGUGACAUUGCUUUUUUAAGACACAGAGCAGAUUACACCUUCCUAAGGAGUAUUGUUUUCUGAAAACCAGUUCAUCUUGCUUUCAAUUUCAGGACGUUUAUAAAACUAUACCUGAAAGAUUAUUCUGUGGUAUAUCUGCAAGGACAUAUAUGCAUUGUCUCAAAGACACCAGUAUGGAAUCUCAUUUACUUGCUUUGAACUGGUUAGACAACUGGCAAGGAAGAAGUUUUGUUGAUACCAAAUUGCGU